AAGUGCAGUUUUACUGUAAACAGGCAUGAGUGACCCUGUGCUUUUAGGGAAAGCCCAGGUAACCCGAUACAGAAACUGAAAGCAGGAAGCAGCUGUUAAACAGUGAAAAUGGCUUCUCCAGCUGAGUAUGAUUAUAUUUGUCCUAUCUGUCGUGAUAUUUUCAAAGCUCCGGUUAUUUUAUCGUGCAGUCACAGUGUGUGUAAAGGGUGUCUUGAGCAGUUCUGGAAAGUCAAGAAAGCUCGGGAGUGUCCCGUCUGUAGGAUGUUAUCAGCGCAUGAACCUACUCGUAAUCUUGCUUUGAAAAACUUGUGCGAGUCAUUUCAAAAAGAGGAAAGCGAGAGUUUAUCAAGGUCAGAGGAGAUGUGCAGUUUACACGGUGAGACGCUCAAACUCUUCUGCCUGGAGGACAAACAGCCGGCGUGUUUGGUGUGUAUGACUUCACAGAUGCACACCGGACACACAUUCAGACCCGUCGGUGAAGUGGCUUCAUCAUAUAAGGAGGAGUUCAGUUCAUCACUGAAGGCCUUACAAGAGGAACUCCGACAUAAGGAAACAAUAAAGGAAAGGUUUGAGAAAACGUUUCAACACAUAAAGGCUCAAGCUGAUCACACUGAGCGUCAGAUUAAACAGCAGUUUGGAAAGCUUCAUCAGUUUCUCAGAGAUGAAGAAAAAAAUACAAUCACUGCACUGAGGGAGGAAGAGGAGCAGAAGAAGCAGAUGAUGAAGGAGAAGCUGGAGGAGAUGAACACGCACAUCUCAGCUCUUUCAGACUCAAUCAGAGACACGGAGGAGAUGCUGAAAGCCAGUGACGUCUGCUUUCUGAAGAAAUUUCGGAUUAAAAUGGAAAGAGUCCAGAUCUCACAGCCGGAUCCACAGAUGCCUUCCGGAGCUUUGAUUCACGUGUCUCAGUACUUGGGGAACCUGCAGUACAGAGUCUGGAAGAUGAUGCAGGACAUCGUCCACUACACUCCAAUAAUUCUGGAUCCAAACGUGGCUCAUCGAAACCUCUUCCUGUCUGAUGAUCUGACCAGCCUGAAAUGGAGCUUAAACAGCCAAGCGUUUCCUGAUAAUCCAGAGAGGUUUGAUGAGUAUUCAUGUGUUCUGGGUUCAGAGGGUUUCACCUCAGGAAAGCACUGCUGGGAUGUGGAGGUGAAGGAGAGUUUGUACUGGAGUGUUGGAGUAACGACAGCAUCAAACCAGAGGAAGGGCUGUGUUUUCUUUAACUCUGAUGUGUGGUGGGUGCAGUACGGACUGGAUGACCGCUUUGGUUUUCCCAUUAAACAGAAACUUGAGCGUGUGAGAGUUGAUCUGGACUGUGAUGAAGGAACAGUGUGUUUCUCUGACUCUGGAAAUAACACACCUCUUUACACAUUCACAGCCACUUUCACUGACACUGUCUUUCCUUUCUUCUGGAGUAAUGAUUUUAAGAUUUUACCAGUUUUACCAGUUUAUCGUCUGAUUGAAGAGUUGUGACAUUGCACUAUUCCACUUUAUGGUACGACUUUGGUCUGCUUUGUCACAGCCACAUGUUCAUGAUAUUAUAAGAUGAUUUCUGAGUUGUAUGAUAACCAGACUAGGAACAUUAGAAAUGCACAGAUCAGAUAAAGGAAUUUUAUAGCACGUUAAUCAUUUAGAAAUAUAAUAUUUGUUUGCAUAAUUAUUGACCUUAUCCACUCGCCACUGUCUUAGUUCCCAUCUUUUUUAUUAAUUAACCAUGAAGGUUUUUAAUGAAGAAAGACAAUUUUAUAAAGCUAAGGAAGUCCAGAGCAACACCCAGAGCAAUCUGAAGUCUUUCCUGGACCAUCUGAACUGUCCACUGUUUAUACAGUGUGUCUCCACCUGCCAUCUUGACAUCUUCUUAAAAUGUGAGCAUCUUAGGGUGUUUUUCAUGGCUGAGAGGGUCAGUAUAUGUUUAAGUGCUCAUGUUAUUCUCGCUGCACACUGCAGUGUAAGCAAAUCUCUGUAUGCAUUUUUCUCUCCAUAAUCUCAUGGUUUCCGCUACAUUCAUUCCUUCAUGGCGGGGCGCCACACCCCAAUUCAUUUUUGCCACAGCUACAUAACAGUUUCUCAUUCAAAACAUUCAGUUGUUGUUUAUUUUUAAUUGCGGGUUAUAAUUGCACCAAAACAUAUUAAAAGGCAAGUGAAUUGUUACAGAGCGAGCUUUUCUGUCAGCAUGCUGUGCGUUAUUUGUUUAACCCUUUAGGUUGACAUGCGGACUGACUGACUGAUUGACCGACUGACAGGUGCUAAGGCCAGCAUACAUGACGUAGCUUUUAUGAUGAACACAGUUUCCAUAAUUAUACUUGUGUCAGCUCUGCUCUUAUAUUUGAAGUCUCUACAGUUUUGUUUCAUUGGGUUUAGUAAAUGCAGGCAUUUUCUUUCUUUUACUGCAAAAAUUCUAUACAAAAACUAAG